UAGGAAAUGGAUUCAGACAAACCAUGGGCCUUGGUCUUACAGGGCGUGCAUAAACAAUCAGCUGUUGACGACCUGACAGUCAUAGUGAAAAAAUACUUCAACGUUAUUAACAUACAUCAAUUCAAACAAAACCCUCUCCUGUACGGCCCCAAAGUCCAGGCCUUGUUCGUAUGGAGUGCCGUACCUGUGGAACGUUAUCUGCUGGAUUCCCUUCCCUCAUUGAAGGUGAUAUCUAACGGAGGCACAGGCUUUGAACUCCUGGAUGUACAGUACAUCAACAGUCGAAAUGUGAAGGUGACCAACACACCCGGAAAAUUGAGCAGCUCAACUGCCGACCUAGCCAUGGGCCUGCUUUUGGCAUCAGCACGCAAAAUUGUUGAGAGCUUAAGAAGAGCUGGCGAUACUGAACCGUCCAUAAUGGAAGAAAGAUUUAGAGGGGUUGAGGUAACAGGAGCCACACUGGGAAUUAUUGGGAUGGGAAACAUUGGAUACAAAGUAGCACAAAGAAGCAGAGGAUUCGAAAUGAAAGUUCUGUAUCAUAACAGGAGGCAGAGGAGUCUGGAAGAUGAAAAGUCAGUAGGAGCGUCGUACUGUGAACGCCUGGAUGACCUGCUGAGGAGGUCAGACUUUGUCAUAAUCGCUGUCAAGCUGACGCCUAGCACAACGGGCCUCCUCAGCCACAGAGAGCUGUCACUGAUGAAACCAGAGGUUACACUCAUCAACAUCAGCAGAGGUCAAGUGCUGGACCAAGAUGCUUUAAUCUCAGCUCUUCAGACUGGAACGAUCCGUGCUGCAGCGUUAGACGUGACUCAUCCUGAACCUCUACCCAGUGAUCAUCCUCUCCUUCACCUGCCCAACGUGCUCAUCACCCCACAUCGGCUUCAAUACUACGACUGGAAUCGCAAAUAUGCUCCAGACAAUGGCCGACAACGCCCUGGCUGUGGUUAG